GUUCAACGUUUGCGUUACAUUUUAGCUUGAUUCGCUAUAUAUUUCUAUUUUAACUGUGAGACUCGCACAAGUGUUUCUCCAGUUCCAUAAAUUUAACCAAUAACUCUUUCACUAAUUAGUUAUGGUUAGUCAUACAAAAAAGCCACGAACUCAGUCACCUGUCAACGUGAUGACUAAUAGUAUAAAUAUGCUCGCAACGACGAGCAGCACAACUCCCACAAAGUAUGGAAAUGAGGCACACAGCUUUCCAAUACGCCGCAAGCGUCGAGCUGCCGGUUCACUACCAUCUACUGUGGCUGAAACUGAGGGCGAAAACUUGCUGACAAACAGCAGUAGCAACGCUUCUACAAACUCAGCACUUGGUCCUGACAUAAACCUCUUCACUUCACCCUAUGUACGUGUCACAAAACUUCAGAUUCCAAGUCCAGCUCCAAAACUUACUUCAGAAAUAGAACGACUAAAGCUGGCUGUAGAAGAACUGAAGACUGAGAUGCGGGACAUAAGGUGUAGAAAAGAUAUGAAUGCAGGAUUUUCAGAAAAUUUGGCCAACUUAUCUGAACUAUCAACACAGGUUGGUGAUAUAAAAUCACAGGUCUGUGAACUUGCCCCUCUGAACAUCUUGACUAAGACCAUAAACCCUGGCGAACUUGACACAGAAUCAGUAUCUAAGAUAGACACCUUGAUAAACUUCAUCACAACAGAGGUUAUCAAAAGACUUGAUACUAAACUAAGUGUGAUUGUCUACAAUAUACCGGAUAAUGAGGGGUUGAAAAAGGUUCAAAGCAUCUUACUUAGGGCGGCGAAAAUGCCUAACUCCCAAACAAAAUGUCACAGACUGAAGAAGAGUCAGCACGACCACUGCUGUCCUAUACGCCUUCAGUUCGAAACGCAGACAGAGGCUAAAAAAUUCACCAAC